AUGCAAUUCCUCCUCAACAAUGAGCCCACGCCUCAAACGCGCCAGUUCCAAACCGCCGCCUACAAAACCCUCGUCGAAGACGGAGGGCGGCCGUCUCAUCCGUUAGCCCUCCUCGAGAAAAUCACCUCCUCACCAGGCAAGUACCGCGACAUCCUCGCCUUUUGGCAGGACCGGUCAGACGAGUGGCAGGUCUUCCACAAGCAGCUGUCCAGGUGGCAGGCGUUCCGCACCCACCAGAGAGCGUCUCGGAGUCCUGAUCGAUACGAGGAGUACGUCGAGGACCUCCUGGAACGACUUCAACGCCACCGCUUUGCGCUUCCACUCGGCUUUCGCAAUCCGCCAAAUGGGCUCAGCCUCAAUGUCGAGACGCAGAACAAGCUAACCACCUGGAUCGAAUACGUCAACUACGAAUUCAGCAGGCGUGACGAGUACGAAAAGUGGCUCGAAGCUUGUCGGCCCGGCUACGACGCUGCUCUGGCCCGACUCACAGACGCAGGGGUCCUGAAGCCAUUCGAACAAGUCCGGACGCCCACGAGCGACAUCUGCCGCCCCUCCAGCCUGGAAGUCACCAGGCAAAGGGAAGAGCGUCGCAAGGCCGAAGAGGAAUGUGAGGCUGCUAAGAAACGGAUGGCAAACAUUGAUUCCCUUGGUCAGAGGCAGCAAAGGGAAAAAUCCGAGUGCGAGUAUGAAGAGGCACUGCUGAGGUCCAAAGCCAUCAACAACCGGGUAAACGCCAUCUCCGAGUUUGGAAGAAAGACGCAUGCCUACCGGUUUGCCAUGGACAGGUCAGAGCGCCAUGAGCUGCUCCUUCGAUGGGCAAUCGACCAGGUGCCCCUCAUCGAGGAAGAACUCCGACAAGGAGAACGACGAGACGCAUGUCUUCAGGAGCGAAGCCGAUUCUGCCGUCUCAAGCAGCAAGCCGAAACAGCCUUUCCGCAGUUCCAACGGCUUCCGCCCGAGAUUCGACAGCGCGUCUGGGGCGAGACGCUGCCAAGGAGCCCAAGCGUGCAUUUCUUCGAGGUGCUGAACCGCGAGCGCAAGCGCCAUCUCGCCCCGUCCUGGUCCAGCGAGGAGUUCCGCGUGCGCGCCACCAGGAAGCGCGACUCGGGCUAUUUGGCCGUGUACGCGCUCCUCUCCACCUGUCGAGAGUCGCGCGGCGUCGUCGAAAUGUACUACGUCUGUCGGGGGCGUGGCGUGCGCUGUCCGCUGUCCGGGGGCGCCAUCAACUUCUCCGGCAGGCCGCCCGACUUUCGAACCUUUGACUGGAUCCCCUCUGAUGACCUGGUCGUCUUGUGCUUCCCGCCGGUGCAGGUCGCCCAGCUUCCGCCCGGGAAUGCCUUUUCGCUGGCUCCUGGUCCGAAUCAAGCGGCGAGGCGCAUUGGCGUCAUGGUCCCCAAGGAGCUCAUGUCCAUGACGCAUUUCGAGCCCAUGGACGAUGGCGAGGCCGAUGACGACGCCGCGCAGAUCGUCAUGAUUCCAGAGUUUAUCAAUAGGCUGCACGGGCCGGUCCAUCAGGCAAAGGCCAUUCCGCGCGGCAUCUGGAAGCUCUAUCUCAUCGUCGAGGGCUGGUCCACGAAUCACAUAACCAUGCAGCUGACGGCCAACAUCGACAUCAAGAAGCCAGUGAGCAACUGGGCAGAUGGCCUCAUCCACUGGAGCUGCCCAGCAGCCAAAAAGGGCGAAAGGAUGCUGCCAUGGAAGUGCAUAAGCCAACCAUCCCCCGGCACCAUUCUCAACAUCAUGCAAAGCGAGGACAUAUCCUUCAACCACGGCAGCCAGAGCAUCAUCCACAGGCCCACCCCAGAGUUUGACGGCGCCCGCCAGCUCUACUGGCUCAGCUCAGGCCGUUCCGCCCUCGGCACCCUCCGCCCCGACGACUUAGUCCAGAAGCCCUCCGCGCGGAAGCUCCACGACUUCAUGCAGAUCCUCGCGGCGCGGUGUCACGCGCAGCAGCGGUGGCACCACAACUUUGGGGGCGUCGAGGCGCUUGGCUGGCUUGAGCCCGCGAGCGAGAGGAGCCUCGACGAGGCGGAGGUGCAGGAGCUGGAGCAGAAUGCGAGGAAGACGGGCAAGUGUCCGCGAGAGUUUUAG